AUGUUAACAAUAAUUCAAGAUAAAACUGGUUUACGACUUGAUCAAUGUGAUUCUACUUCAUCUACAACUGGUGGUACAAGCACGACUGGUGGACAAGGUAGAAAAUUCUUUUCUUAUGAAGUUCGAGAUAUUUUAUCUAUUAACAUUCUUAAAUUCAAUGAAUUAAUUAUGAAUUUUAAAAAAUUAUUAUCAAAUGAAAAAUGGAUUGAUUACACUAUGACUGUACAUUCGUUAAUAUUUCAUUCAUGCGAAUUAAUACAAAGAAAUCAUGGUGUAGCUUUGGGAGAACUAUCAGAAGAAGCUCUUGAGAGCUGUAACAAAGAUAUUCGUAACUUUCGUGAAUUUUUAUCUAGGAAAUGUGGACAUAUUAUGAAUUUAACAGAUGUCUUCAACCGACUCUUCAUUCGUUCUGGUCCAGUCAUAAGAAAAAUAAUUAGUGAUACAUUUACUAAAAGACAAAUUCAUUCACAAACAUCAACAGCUACAUCUACAACAUUAAAUGAAGAUGAUCAAAUACUAUUGACUCUAUUUCUCCAAAACUGA